AUGGCUGCGCUUAGUGACGAACAGCUACGAAUAGAAUUCGAUAAGUUGGAUACAAAUAAAGAUAAUGCAAUUACAAUUGACGAAUUGAGAAAAUACUAUAUACCGAUGCAAGAAAUGUUGGGAAUAUCCAAACAAUUGGCAGAAUCAGAAAUCGAAGGUUUAAUCAAACGGCUCGACACUGAUAACGAUAGAAAGAUUACUUUUGACGAAUUCAAAAACUUUAUAGUGAAAAAAUAA